AUGAGUUACCUAUACGGCCCCCGCCUAAACAACCCCAAUAAUCGAUCUGCUGCUCAAGGACAGCAAUAUGAAGAACCAGGCUACGGUGGAUCACCACUACCUCAGUAUGGAGGACCAAUGAUGGGCGGUGAUGAGUUUACUGGGCAAAACGUUGAGAUGGCUCCGCUGGCGCAGAAUGGAUCUCAAUUUGCACAACAAUCCGAUGCUAACUCUAUUUUAAAUGCAUGCGCAGAUGUCAAUCGUCACUUAUCAGAAAUAAAUGACGUUAUUGCCACUCUACAACCUCUACAGAAGCUCAGCCUUGACGCCAUCAAUGAAAUGCAACAAAAAAGAGCUAAAAAACAAAUUGAUGAUAUCUCAUCUGAUAUUAUGGCUAGGUUUCGCAACGUAACGGGUGAGGUUAAAGCGAUCAAGCAACAGCCGGCCGCCUCAUACCCCAAGAACGCCCCUCAAGUCGAGCGGCUUAGUAGAGAAAUAAUUAAAGUACGACGCAACUAUGAACUCUCAGACGCCAAUUAUCGAAAACAAUUGGAGGCACAAAUCAUGAGACAGGUCAAGAUUGUUCGUCCAGAGGCCACGGAACAAGAGCUUAGAGCAGCCGUGGAAGACCCCAAUAACCAGAUAUUUUCGCAGGCGCUAAUGCAAAGUGAUCGUCAAGGGCAAGCACAAAGUACUCGCAACAAUGUUCAACAGCGUCAUGAAGAAAUACAAAAGAUUGAGAGCCAAAUGAUCGAGCUUGCUCAACUUUUUGAAGAUAUGAAUACACUCGUGGUGCAGCAAGAAGAGUCUAUAGCAAACAUAGACAUGAAAGCUGAAGAGGUCGUCGAAAAUAUUGAUAAGGGAACAGAAGAAAUCGGUGUCGCGAUUGAAAGUGCAAAGAAUACCAGAAAAUGGAAAUGGUGGUGUUUGGGAAUAGUUAUACUCAUUAUUAUUGCCAUCGCUGUCGUCAUCAUAAUUUACAAAUUCGUCAUUUCAUCUCCAGCGCCAACAACAACAACAAACUCAUCAGAGGCUAGCAAAAACGCGAAACGGUUCCUCUCAAUUGCUCGAAAUCUCAACUUUCCUACAGGACAGGUUGCAGCAAAAUUAAAGAGGAAUGCCCCGACACUUGUAAAAAGCCGCCUUUUUAGGAACACAAAUUAA